AUGACUUCGAUCAACAUUAGGGAAUCCUUGAUACCAGAAUUAGGUAAUAGAGUUGCCCUCAUUACAGGUGGUGCGUCCGGUAUUGGGUAUGCAGCUGCGUGCAUCAUGGCGGCCAAGGGCGCUACAGUCCAUGUCCUAGACCUCUCACUACCAGAUAGCGAGGAACAUAAGAGCCAUCUGAACAUAAUAUUCCAUGUCGUCGAUAUUUCAGACUGGGCACAGCUGCGGGACAAGUUUGCUGAAAUUGGGCGGAUUGACUACGCGUUCGCCAAUGCUGGUGUGACCGAGGAGACGAAUUAUUUCGCAGAUACAUUCGACGAUAAGGGAAAUCUCCUGGAGCCUAGCAAUCGAAUACUCGAUGUUAACUUCAAAGGACCAAUCAACCUCAUCAAGCUUGCUUGGAGCUCUAUGAAGGCGCAUGGUGUUGCUGGAAGUAUCGUCCUGACUACCAGUGCGACUGCGUACGCUCCGGAGCAGUCAUUACCGGUCUAUGCAGGAGCCAAGCAUGGACUCAUUGGAUUGAUUCGAGCUCUUAGAUCUAUCAUCGCCGGAGACAAUAUCACCAUCAAUGGUGUUGCUCCCGCCGCGACGAUCACAAAGUUACUUCCGCAGGACCUUGCUGCCCCUAUCAUCGCGAUGGGCUUGCCGGUGAGCUCGGCUCACUUUGUUGGUCUUGCUUUAGUCUUUUCGGCGACGGCAAAGCAGGCUAGGAGGGUGGAACCCUACGGAAAGGAGACCGAGAAAGAUGCGUUGGCGGAAGAACGAUGGAAUGGGCGAGUCAUCCUCACACUCGGAGAUCAGUACACAGAGAUGGAAGGGCCGUUGGCUGAGCUGCGUCCGUUCUGGUUUGGUCGGUCGAACCUUGAGCUGACGAGGCUGCAACAGGCGGCUACGGACUUCCGCUAGUUGGUGAACGGGACGAGAGGGGCUUGCUAAGAAGUGUCAGCGUGAAUGAAGUAGAUGGACGCUUCGAAGCUUGAAAUAUUGAAGAGGACCAGUGGUCUGUAGUUUCAUAGGAG